GGUGGUGCAGGUGAGAAAGACUUAAUUGGUCUAACAGAAUCAGGUCAAGUUGUUUUCCAUUCGUCAUUGGCUGAUGUGGACGAUGAACUAAAAUUGAGCAAAAAAAUGUUACAAAGGACACCUCAUUUUAAGAUGCACUCCAAUCUGUUGGAUAGUCACGUGUACAUUGUGAGCAGGUGGGUUCUUGAUUAUAUGCAGGAACACCUCAAGAAUGCUCUCUCAUUUAAAAGAGAAGUAUUACCUCAUUUGUUGAAGAACCAGGACUCAAAAAUUCUAUUACAGUUUUCCGAGAGAUUCCAUGACGAUAUUGACAAGUUGGCAUCUCAAUACUCCUCCUCUCCUAUCCCCUCCCCCACCCAGUGCCACGCCCACACAAUCACCGGAGCUGAACUAUGCACUAGAGUCAACACUGUAUCACUGUAUAUGGAGGCUAAUAGGAUGAUAGGACAGCAUUCGUCAAGUUUCAUGUUGGACUCUGGAACAAGUGGACAAGGAAUAAAGUCAAGUGCAAUCAGUGGUGACUCAGUGGUUGAUGAGAGUACUCAGCUAUCAGAUAAAGUAUCAGUUAAGAGGUCAAUGAUAGGAAGACACUGUGUCAUUGGAGAGAAAGUGAAAGUCAUCAAUUCAGUAAUUAUGGAUCAUGUGGUCAUUGGAGAAAGUUGCACAAUUCAAAACUCAAUUUUAUGCAAUCAAGUCCGACUGGAGGAGAAGGCAACACUCAAAGACUGCACUGUAGGCCCACGCGUUACUAUUAAUAGCAAAGCUGAGCACAAAGGAGAAUUAUUAGUUGAAGAUUCAGAGCUUGACUUGUAAAAUCAC